UUUACCACAACAACACUAUUAACAAACAAUUGGGUACAACAAAUCCUGUAUUACAGAAUUGUCUAAAGGAUAAUUGGCAAAAUACAAACAGGACGCAGGACAUAGGACAAGUUUUCAUUCUCUUCGUAUUAUCCUUCGUAGAGGCGGCCACCCGAGUUCUCGCAAUCUUUAGAGCGUUUUGAGUCGCUGAGUAUUCGGUUGUGAAUGGUCAUUGCGCGAAGACGCCGCUGGAAUAUCGUUGAUAUUUGGGCCGUCCAAAUUUUGGCAAACAUUUUCCAUUUAUUUUUUCUUAUUACGGGAAGUGUUUUGUGCAAACGUUUGUUUUUAGUUCAAAAGAAGCACUGAUGUGAAAGAAGUUUAAUUUGAAAAACCAUACGCAGAUAAUUUGAAGUUCGUUUUCGUAUAGACGUGAAUUUGUUAAAUUCGGAAUUAGUAAAAUUUUUUUGGUUGAAUUUUAUGUAGUUUUCCUCUUAUUCGGUCUAUGUUCGCCUUAGUAUUGCCAAUACUGAUCUAAAGUAAUACAAAAUUUACGAAUUUUACAAAAGAAACUAUAAUAAAUUAUGUCCAAAGUGUUGACUCAACAAAAUGCACUGCCUUCUCAGCAGUCGAAAAAAAAUGAAAAUAAGAAAAAAACCACACCCUCUGUAAAAACGCUCAAUAACAACAGCAGCGGCUUAAAUGGUAGCACCAACAUGAGAGGCCCAGCCUCCAGCUCCCUGAUGUGUUCGUCGGAAUCACCAUCUACCUCAUCAUCGCCCACUACGGUCGAUUUCGAUGAGUUCACUAGCAGUUCUAUACUGGAAUUUCUGGCAAGGGAACAAGAAUGCUGCACCGAAGCAGAUGCAGAAAGCAUUUUUCAAGAAGUAAGUAGACUGGCUGAUAAUUCAGAUACCCGUAGCGUUGAUGAGAUUUUGCGAGAGGCUGAGCUACUGAUGCAGCAACAAUCGCUCUAUGGAAAAACUGAUAAAAUAGAUAAAGCAAAACAGAAUACGAAAAAUAGCUCAAGUAAGAUGGGCAAAGUAAAUUUGCCUCAACCACAGCAGUCAUUGCAGUUCGAACAAAAACAAAAAACUUUGCCAUCUUCGAAUUCACAAAAUACCCAGCCGUUACCGGUGAAAAUGCAAAGCAUCAAACUAAAUAGCAAGUAUACCAAACACAUUGAAAAUGUUUGGCCACCAGAGAUUCAAACACAAGUGGUAUCGCGCACUCGACUGACCAACGGUAAUUGUAGCUAUCAAGAGAUAAUGCAAUUACAAAAAAAUCUAACACCAAAUAGUGCGUAUGCAGCGCCUGCAACAGCAGACACCACGCCAACACCUACAGUAGCUACCACGCCACAGACGCCAACACCAACUGCCGCCACACCACUUGGCAAUCAACGCUUUGAUGUUUUCGUGGAGAAUUUGCCAUCGGUGUCGGUCAUAUCUGAAGAGUCGACACCGAAGGAUAUGCAAAAUAUGAACGCAACUGAAACCGACGUAACAACAAUGGCGCUGAUAAACGGUGACGAUGAUGACACCGAUACGGUGAGUAGAGGGCAUCUGCACGCAUGCACAUCCUCCGACGCCUAAUCAGGCAGCAAACAUUUGAGAGGCUCUGCACCUAUUUAAACGAUUAUUUUUAG